GCUCGAUAUAUAGCCCCGGUGUCUCGUUUGCAGAGCAGGCACCAAACGGAAGCAUUUCACUUUCGUCUGUUCUGGGCUUGUUGCAGCAUAGUCAAAGCGAUGAAGAAGACCGUAGUCCUGUACCCUGGCGUGGGCGUCGGCCACCUGGUGCCAAUGGUCGAGCUCGCCAAGGUGUUCCUCAAGCACGGCCUCGCCGUCACCGUGGCGCUCGUCGAGCCGCCCGACGGUUCCGCGACUUUCUCUGCCGCGGUCGCCCGCACAAAGGCCUCCAACCCCUCCGUCACCUUCCACGUGCUGCCGCCUCCUCCUCCGGCGCCGCCAGCAGCGCCCGCCGACGAGGCCGCGCCCAACCACCACGUCAUCAAGAUAUUCCAGUUCCUCGCCGCCAUGAACGCGCCCCUCCGCGACUUCCUCCGCUCGCUGCCAUCCGUCCACGCGCUCGUCCUCGACAUGUUCUGCGUCGAGGCCCAAGACGUCGCGGAGGAGCUCAGCUUGCCUGUCUACUACUUCUACGCGUCGGCCGCCAGCGACCUCGCCGUCUUCCUCAACCUGCCGAGCAAGCUCGCCGGCAUGGACAAAAAGGUAAAGGAGCUCGGCGACUCCAUGAUGUCUUUCCCUGGUGUUCCUCCGUUCAAAGCUUCGGACUUACCCUCCGAAGUUAGCAACGACGGCGUGGCACUCGGGUCCAUCUUGCGCAUGUUCGAACGAAUGCCAGCGUCCGACGGGAUUCUCAUCAAUUCCUUCGAGUCGCUGGAGGCGCGCGCCGUGCGCGCUCUCAAGGACGGGCUCUGCGUCCCAAGCCAUGCCACGCCGCCGGUCUACUGCAUCGGGCUGUUGGUCUCGGGAGGCGGAGACAAGGAACACGGAUGCAUCCGCUGGCUGGACGCGCAGCCCGACAAGAGCGUGGUGUUCCUCUCCUUCGGCAGCAUGGGCACGUUCUCCAAGAAGCAGCUUGGGGAGAUCGCGAUUGGGUUGGAGAAUUCAGGGGAGAGAUUCCUCUGGGUUGUGCGCAACCCGCCCAAUUCGGACCACAAGUUUGGCGACCCGAUUCCGGAGAUGGAGGACCUGGACACGCUCUUGCCGGACGGGUUCUUGGAGAGGACCAAGGACAGAGGGCUCGUUGUCAAGUCGUGGGCGCCGCAGGUCGAUGUGCUGCGCCACAGGGCGACGGGCGCUUUCGUGACGCAUUGCGGCUGGAACUCGACGCUGGAGGGCAUCACGGCAGGGUUGCCGCUGCUGUGCUGGCCAAUGUACGCGGAGCAGAGGGUCAACAAGGUGCAUAUAGUGGAGGAAUUUAAGCUCGGGGUGGAGAUGAGAGGCUACAACGAGGAGGUGGUCAAGGCCGAGGAGGUAGAAACGAAGGUCAGGUGGGUCAUGGAGUCCGAGGGCGGCAAGGCACUCAGGGAGCGUGUGGAGGCAGCCAAGAGUGCAGCGGCCGAGGCGCUGAAGGAAGGGGGCUCAUCUCACAUUGCGUUUGUCCAAUUCCUUGAGGACCUCGAUGCUUCCAAAGUUCAAACGGUGCAGGGUUAGCGUGAGAUUUGUAACCUGUAAUGUUGGAUUUGUAGCUUCCUAUUAUGUAUGUUUUGGUGUGUUAUGUUAUAUGCGGAGUUGUAUUUUUUUUUCUGGAACUAUCUGAAUUUCUAAACUAGUGUGUUAUACAGCCCA